UCUCGGCCCGGCCGGCCGGGCGCUACAAUCCGCCCGCGGGCCGCCCGGCGCCCUGCUCAGCCUGGCCCCGAUCCCUGCGCCCCGCCGCCCGGCCAGCCAAGGGGCCGGAGGCCAGGGGGAUGGCCGCAGCGGGCUCUGCUCAGGUGGCGUUCGAGGACGUGGCGGUCUAUUUCUCCCCGGAGGAGUGGGCGGCGUUAGCGGAAUGGCAGCGGGAGCUGUACCGGGACGUGAUGAGGGACAACUACGAGCUGGUCACCUCGCUGGGGUGGCCGGCUGUCAAACCAGAGAUCAUAUGUAAAAUUGAGCAAGAAGAGGAGCCAUGUGUUGGAGACCCUCCGCCUCCCAGAGAGUGGGGGACCCCGCAGUCCUUCUGGCCAGAUGAUGGAAUCAGGAUUAAAAAGGAGGAGCAGGAGGAAGACACAGAGACCUCGGAAUCGCCCAGUGCGUUCUCGGGAAAGUUGGAGGAAGGGAGCAGCCCACCGCAGUGUGUGAAGAAGAGCGGCCUGGCUCGAAGCAAAUCCCGCCGGAAGCUGCAAAACCAGGUGGCGACUGCUCAGGACAAACCCCCGCGGGCUCCUCCCCAAAAAGCCUCGCUAAAGAAGAUUCCCCCGACGUGUCCAGAGUGCGACAAAAGCUUCAAGAGUAACACGGCCCUGACCAUCCACGAAAGGAGUCACACGGGGGAGCGGCCCUUUAAAUGCCCUGAGUGCGGGAAGGGUUUCCCAUCCAAGGGGGACCUGAAGAGACAUCAGAAAACCCAUGUGGGAAAGAAGGAUGCUGCCCCCGAGAGAGGGAGGAGCCUUCCUGAGAAGCUGCAGCUCCUCAGGCACCAGAGAAGCCCUCAGGCACCCAAGAGGCCGUACACGUGCGCUCAGUGCGGGAAGAGCUUUAACAAGAGCAGAGACCUCAAAAAGCACCAGCGCACCCACACGGCGGAGAGGCCGUUCCUGUGCCUGCAGUGCGGGAGCAGCUUCCGGCUCAAGCAGAUCCUCGUGUCCCACCAGAAAGUGCACAGGGGAGUGAAGCCGUUCCAGUGCUCAGACUGCGGGAAGAACUUCAGCCAGAAGCACCAUCUCUUGAGCCACCAGCGUACCCACACCGGGGAGAAGCCCUUCUCCUGUGCUCAGUGUGGACACAGGUUCAGCCAGAAGCACCAUCUGAUCAGCCACCAGCGCAUCCACACAGGGGAGCGGCCUUUUGCCUGCCCCGAGUGCGGGAAGAGCUUCAAGGACAAGAAAACUCUCAUCAUCCAUGAGCGGAUCCACACAGGCGAGAGGCCCUACAGGUGCAACGAGUGCGGGAAGACCUGCAGCCAGAAGCAGCACCUGAAAAGCCACCAGAGGGUGCACAGGGGCAAGGAGCCCCGUGGCAAAGGGGAGGAAGGCCUGGAGGAUGACGUGGGUUUCUGCCGCCAGAAGGUCCUGGCAGAGGAGAAGCCGUAUCAAUGUGCAGAAUGCGAGAAACGGUUCCGGGACGAGCGGAUAAUGCUGGCACACCAGAGAACUCACACUGAGCAGGCGCUGCCGAAGAGCACCAGGACAGGUGCCAGUCGGAGCCCACAGGCCCUGGUCCAGCAAACGCCCUUCACUGGUACCCUGCAGUGCAGGGCAAACGUUAGCCAGAAGCCACCUCUUAGAGCCCGCCAGGGAACCCCGGCUGGAAAGAGACCUUUUGUGUGCAAUGAGUGUGGGAAGAGGUUCAUGCAGCGCAAACGCCUUGUGCUACAUCAGAGGAGCCACACAUGAGAGAGAACCAUUUCUGUGGGUGGAACGUGGCAAACACUAUGUCUGGGAGCUGGGAGCUGACAAGAUGCAGGAGUGAAAGACCGUGAGCUCUAGAUUAGGAGAGAACGUGUCUUCAGAGGCCAACAGAAAAGCCUCCUUGGAAGCUACCUUCCAACCUGGGUGUGCAAAAGUGACGUUUGUGACACACACACUCAACUCUCCAGGCCCAUCCUUGGUGUGGGACCUUGCGUAAAAACAGCUGACGUGUCAGUCUCCUCUCCAGAGUACGAAUUUUCUACAAGCAACUCGAUUGGUCUCCUAAAUGUAUAACAUUGUCUGGCUGCCUAGUAAAUACACUAAAAUAUCUUAACCAAAAUAUAAAUAAGUGCCCCAUUGCGUAUGCUAGCUUUCUAAUUACAGUAGAACUGUGCUGCUUUGCACAAGUGUCUGUGAAAACUGCUGAAUCUUGCAAAUGAGACGCUCAGCGUAUAAUCAAAGAGCAGGGCUGCUGCCUUGUAAUGGACAUUGUUCAUUUAUUCGGGCACAGCGUUUCGGUUUGUUUAUGCUAUAGUCUAUUAGGAAGUGUUCUGCGGUGUACUUUGUGGAAGUGAGGAAGUCUGAGUAAUAUGCAAACUCACUACACCACUCAAUCAGAUCUUGGCAGAAAAUUGUGGCCAAGCUGUCUUUCUUUCAUUUGUUUAGUGACGUAAUUAGCAAUGGUCUGCUGUGUCUGCUUUGAUUUUAUCCUUCCUGUAUGUCUCCUGUAUAAAUCAGACCAUUUUAAAUUAGCAAGUAUUAGCACUAAGAUGCUAUUCGUAGUCACAUGCACGUCCCUAUGGAAUGAUGCAGCAUGCUGGAUAAAAUCCAUGAUAAUACACACACAAAAGGGGGGUAGAUUUUUCUCUCUAAUCAAUACGUUAAAAGCCUCUAAAAAUGGCAGAUACUCUCUGAGGCGCAUGCCAACCCUGGGCAAUCCUGCACUUCUCCUUCCACCUGGCACACUGCUCCUGCCCAUCCAUAUCUCUCUUGUGCCCUGAACUCAAGUGUCUGGUGUGUCCAUUUCCUGUCCUUAUUUCUCCUGCCAGUUUCCUAUCACCAUGCAGCAGUGGAUUCUCUAUGCUGCUCAAGAGUUGGAUCCCUUGUGGGAUAAUCCAGUCCCACUGAUUUGACUUGAAUAGGAGUCAGAUUGGGCCCGGUGGGUGUGGGCGUGAGAUCCUAGGGUGACCACCAUCUCCCUGUGACCUGUGGAGGUGCCACCCAAGGCUGGACUGACAGCUGAUGUCACUGCCUCUCCAGUGUUUGCUACAAGAGAGUUAAUCUGCAGAUUUUACCCAUAGAGCCCAUCACCUCGACCAGUGAUACUCAGACUGCAGCUCGCAAGCCACAAGUGGCUCUUUACUGGGUCUCCUGUGGCUCUUUGCAGCACGUGAUAUUAAAACGCCGUAUGAUUGAAUUAUUAACCAAUCAGGAUGCUUUUACAUUGUAAUUAACCAAUUCAGUUAUCAGCUUGCUCUAAGUUAGUAACUUAUUUGCUGUGAGAAUAAUUACAUAUAAAACCAAGUAUUUCCCCUGUCGGUCACGCUGCUGGGGCUUUUGGGGGCACGUUGAUCAUUAAUUUUGGCUCCUGAACCACUAAGUUCUGAGGAUCACUGGCCUAGACACUUCAGUCCGUCUGCUGCAGGUGUUUCUGAUGUGCAGGAUUUGUGGUGGCUUCUUGCCUGGGCCCUUGCGGGUUUGAUAAUCAGCUGGUUGCUGUAAGGAGAUGUAGGUACAAAAUGCAGGUUGGGUGAAGCUUUUGUAAAACCCGACAGGAAUAAACCCUCUUCCCUGUUGCUUUUUAAUUUAAAUGAACCAGUCUGGGGGGUUUAAUCAAUCCCCUGCAGUGCUGCGCGGCACUGUGGUACAUGAGGACAGGAAGUGAAAUGGACCACAAGCAGGAAAGCUUCUAGCAAAGCAAGCCGUCUGGUUCCUCUUCCCAAGCAGAGUGAAGUGCAAAAUGUGACCUGAAACCAGCCUCAUUCAUGAGGAGCCAUAGGGGAUGGUUUCAUUUUUUCUGCGUUAAUACUGGAGCAGAGUUUUAUGUAUUUAUUAUGUUGACAGUUUCCCUUUAAUAAGUCAUGUGGCAUAUUCUCACUGGAGACUAGUCUGUCCAGCAAAAGGCCAGCCAACAAACACAAGUCAACACAAAAAUCUCAGUGCAGAGCAAUGCCGGUGGGGGGCUUAGCCAGGCUGGAGGGGGCCU